CUUGUGUUCUUAAGUCUGUGAGAUUGAGUUCUACAUGCUGUGUGUGAGAGUUAUUGCUGUGUUAUUCAUAUAAAACACUAUUCAUUGAGGAAACAGUUCAAGUUCUUGGCAAAUAAAGUGAGCAAAUUCCAACAAAAUAAAGAUGUGUUAUGUGAAAACUUUCAGAGUGCAGUUAAGGUGGUUGGUGUGCCAUUUUUCAUUGUGGCUUCUUCGCUGAUGGAAGGAGGAUUUGACCAGUCUGAAGACAUUCUGUACUUUCUGCUCUUUAUAUAUGUGAUAUUUCCUGUUAUCUGUUACUGAGCACCUUCUAAUAUCCACUAAACACUAAAGCGCUGUUCUGAACAUGUUAAGGCCAGGGCCCUAUUUUAACAGCAGAGGUAAAGGUGUCCUGAAAAGUUUGCUUGCAGGCUGUAAGAAGAUUUUCGAUUUUCCACACAUCACGCAGGCCUGCAGUGAAACAUCGCUGAUCUCAGAUCAUCGCUUCACACAGCUCUAAUCCCACAGCCAUCUAGAGGAUUAUUCUGCCAUUAAGUGAUGGCUUUUGGAAAUGAAGUACUGCUGUUUGUGACAACACACACGCACCAUUAAAUCAGAUCAGAUGUUCCCUCAGAAACAUGGUGCUGACGGGUCGAUGUGUAAGAGUUACUUCAUGGAAGGGUUUUAAGUUCAUUUUCACCUGGUUGGAUGUGUGUUAACAUCAAUAAGCAGACAUUUGGCUCUGACAUGCUACAGGUGGAAUAGUUCAGCAAUGUUUUUCUCUAUAGUGUGGGUCAUGGUCCUGCCUCAGGGCAUGACUCUCUGGGCCUGCUCUAGUUCCUGUCCUCCCAGCUGCAUGUGCACUCAGGAGAAGAGCUGCACUGUGCUCUGUGACCGUUCCAACAUGGCUGAGCUGCCCAGAGAGUUCCCCUGUGAGGCCUCCUCCAUCAACCUGGAGAAGAACAACCUCAAAUUUUUAUCAGAACGAGCUUUUGGAACACUCCCUUCUCUAAAGUCCCUCUUCCUGGACCACAACAACAUCUCCUUCAUCACACCAGGAGCUUUCAAAGGGCUUCCCAACCUGCUGGAGCUCACCAUGGCCAACAACGAGUACAUCCGCUAUCUUCACACACGCACCUUCACCUCCCUCAAACGCCUCGAGCGCUUGGACCUUUCUGGCUGCAACCUCUUCAGCAUGCCUGACCGCAUCUUCCUGGAACAGACCUCCCUCAGAGAGCUAUUCUGCUUCCAGAACAAUUUCAGACGCAUCCCAAGUGCUAUUCGAGGAAUGGAGAACCUGACACAUGUUUACUUGGAGCGCAAUAAGAUUGAAGCAGUAGCCUACAACUCUCUGCUGGGAUUAUGCAACCUCAGGUAUCUGAACCUACAGCAGAAUCGCAUCAGUGUCAUCCAUGAUGAAGCCUUUAAGGACUUAAGGCAGCUACAAAACUUUUACCUUAAUGACAAUCUGUUGGUUGACUUGCCAAGGAAAUCUUUCAAAGGCCUCUGCCAUCUGAAGAUGUUAAAUCUGGGGGGUAACCUGCUAACCAAUAUCUCCAACACCUGGUUUGGGGACCUGGUGGAACUGGAGGUACUCUACUUGGACCGGAACUGUCUGUCAUUUAUUGACAAGGGUGCCUUUGACAAUCUGACCAGCCUCAUGACACUGCAUCUCAACAGCAACAAACUGACUACUCUCCCUUUCCCUGUCUUCCAGCCCAUCUAUUUCAUCGGGCAUCUUUAUUUGUUUCGUAAUCCCUGGGAGUGCAGCUGUGAGCUGGAGUGGCUGAAGGAGUGGAUGGAGAACUAUAAGCUAGUGAGGGAUAUCCCCUGUGCAUCCCCCCCUUCAGUAUCUGGUCUGGAUCUGAGCAAGGUGCUGUACACACAUGUGAACGGUACUUGCAUUGACCCGACUGAGUUGAACCUGACCACAGCCGGUCCAGAUUACAGCACCACACAGAGCAAGUUCAACAGCCUGAUCUCCAAACUGAUGAAUCAGGAACUCGGGGAGGAGGUGAAAAACGUUACUGAGGUUCAGAGGAACGAGACAGUGAUAGAACCAGCAGAAGGUCAGCUCUCAGCUGCUCACAGGCCUCCUAGUGUUGGCUUAAUCCUGCCAUUACUGCUGCUAUUGCUGUUCCUUAUCCAAGCUCAGACAGGCUGCGUAUUAGACCUUACUAAUUCUUAAUGAAGGCCUGGCUCAGGUCUGGAGGAAGACUUGUGCCAAGAAUGUGUUUGGACUGAAAGUUGUGCAGAUGAGAGAUUAAGCCUUCCUUCAGAGGGGGAUUGUGUGAAAAGGAAGGAAAAUCCAUCAGCUACAGGAGUAGAGAAGACUUUUAUUUUUUCUUGGAGAUCUGAUAUUAUUUUAAAGACAGCACACAGUUGGACUCGAGGACUGGCAGCUGUCUACUUUCAUAAUGAAAAACAUCAUAGUAUAAACAAGUUCUUUUAAAAUUGUGUGAACUCGGUAUACAGUGUCCGAUCCACUCGAAAUCUUCUGGAGCCACUUAUUCACACUGUUAUAGGAAAUCUAUACAUAAUGCUUAGUGUAAAACCUUCAAGCCAUAACAUUUCCAUAAGCACUGAUGUUUAUUAUAUUUACACAAGCUACACUAUUAUUAAUGACAUCCAGUUGAAGACUAUGAAUGGAACAUGAGUCACUUUUUGCUGCUGUAUCAUUUUUAUAUAACCCACACGGGCAGGUAGUCUUUCAUUAAGCUCACUUCCUGUCAGUUAGUUUAGCAGGCAACAUUAUAUGCUGAAUCCUAAUUCUGUCAACUGGGUGAAUUUAGAUAUUUCUAGCUUUAAUAUUUAUGCAUUAGUCUUUUUUUAAUGCAAGGCUUAGCUGCACUCAACACUCGGCUCUCUCUAAGCUGCUCUGUAUUCAAGCCCAACUUCAUCACUGCCUCGUGAUGCUCUGAUCAUACUAAAUAAUCAAGUAAAUGAGCAAACAAAAAAAAGAAGAAGAAAAGAUAAGCAGUUAAAAUACAAUACAUGCGUUCUAAUAUUGUGCCAUUUUGACCGCUCUCUCCAGAAAAGUGUUUUUGCUCUAAAACCCGCAAUGUGAAUUUGAGUUAAUCUGCAGCUUCAGUGGUGUUAGCUGUGGAAUGCAGAUUUGGAUUGAGACACAGGUCACACUGCAGUGCUAUUAUACCAUGAACUUUGCUCUGAUUGAAAGACUUUUGAAAACAACAACAACAAAAAACAUUUAAAGGGGAAUGCACUCACACAAUCAGCUAACCAAAUGCAGAAUAGCCGUUUCAUAUAAAACAGCUGAACAUCGGGAGUGUCUCACAUUUUAGUGUGGUUUGUAUCUGGACAGUAGCACCACUUUUGUUUUAUCUUCGAGUGCGAGUGUGAUUGGAGAGCUAAAACUGCUGUGUUAGGUUCCAGUUAUAGUCAUGACUGGAUUCUGUGGGUCAACAAAAAAAGCAUCGGGUAUCUGGCCAGAGUCCAGCUGUGAGGUCAUGUGUGGCUGUGAGAUCAGGUAUGUGGAAGAGGCUGGACAACGCUUUCUCCAACGUGCCCUGUGAUGCAGAAUGAGCAGCAGUUUGAUAAGAUGCAGUCGGCUGGUUUCACAUGUUUUGGAGGAUGCACGUUAACCUUAAGCCUGCGGGGUUGGGAGCUGCUGUUUGAUUGCGGAGAGCUGAGAGAUUGUAGGUGGUAAAUUAGCAGCUGAUUAAAUGAGGAAGAAUCCUGUGUGCACCUCCUGUGCAGACGAUUCAGUACUCUCAGCUGUGAUGAGAAGUUUACCUACUGAAGGAACUCAGCAUGUGUCAAAGUGCGUCUUCCUGUGAGGGUGUGCCAGGGUGAGAAAGAACGAACUGCCUUCAGAAAUGAUCUAGUUCAGAGAGACUUGUGAUUAAUCGUCUCCAAAGAAACAUCUCUAGUUUCUUUUUCUGAUGUUCUUUUAACAGCAUGUGUGGCCCGCACUUACGUUUAUUCACUGCUGCUGCUCCUCACAUGCCAAAUGACACACAGCUUCAUGAAACCAGCAGCUAGCAGUCCAGACACUUCUACUUUCAUUCACUCUGGGGGAGUGAAUGCACACAAUAACAACGUGAUUUGCCUUUUAGUAACCCCAUACACACACACUACUCUUGACAGAUUGUCUAACAUGUAGUUCAGACUCGCUCAUUUAUACACACACACACACACCUGGGCAUUUAUCACACUUGUCUUCACACUCAGAUGGGCAGACAGGAUGUACAGCUGUAGGAAAAAUACAGGAAAAAAGCGCCACUGAGGCACUAAAAAUUGGAGAAAUGUUUCCAUCCACAGCAUCUCUGCCAACUCACACAGAGCAGCCAGACGCGAGAGCAGAGCCAGGAGCGUAACACAGAGCAGACGACACUGGACUACUUCACCACAGAAAAGGAAAUAUAUUUAAAAAAUGGUUCAUACUGAAGAGCUGCUCAGUCAUCAGCAGAGGAAUUUACACAGGGCAGUUCUGAAGUAAACAGUUUGUCAGAUACAGAAUCAUUCAGAUUAUUAUUAUUAUUAUUAUUAUAUAUUUUUAGUUCAUUUUGCAAAAUGUGUCUAUGUGUGCACCUUUGAAACAAUUACUCUGAAUAAAAAUCUGCUUCUCUUUUUGA